AUGUCGCUCUUCGUCAACCCGUACGGCGCCCAGGAGCUCAACCAGGCCCGCCUGGACGUCGCAGAGGUCCAGUUCGAUGCCAUGACCACCACCUUCAACACGCUGCUCGCGGCCUGCCGCGAGAAGUGCGUGCCCCACGACGGCUACGGCGAGCCCGACCUAACGCGUGCAGAGCUCUCGUGCGCAGACCGCUGCAUCGCCAAGGCGCAUGCCGCCAACCGCGCCAUCGGCACGUACGUGCAGGCCCGCGGCCUGGCCCCCCACCGCGCGCUGCCGCACUACGCGGCCUUCGCCCCGCGCGACCGCUAG